AUGCAGAACAAGAACGCGGCUGUGCGCAUGUUUUGCGCGGGUCUUUUCCUUAGGGUUCCCUGUCGUUGGAUUUACCACCCCUCUUCAGACCUUUCGAGCGCAGCAUCGCACGCAAACAGCGUGGAGUUGUUGUCCACGCAGCUGCACCACUUCUCGUCCGUCGCCGACUCUUUUCUCCCGACGGCGGGGAGGGGACUGCCCCACGACUUGGCAGAAGUCUGCGUGGAACCAAUUGGAGCAGCGCAGCCCGGUCCUGCGGGAAUCCGUUCUUGUGAUGCGGAGGACGGGCUGCAGCAGGAAGAGCGUGGACUAGGCAAACUAUUGAACGCCUGCAUUGAUGCUCCCGCGGCCGCGCAAUUUGAAAAGCUUAUUGCAUCUACUGCAGAACUCUAUAAGUCAUUUCCACGUCGCCAUUGGCUUCUCCACAGCCGGGCAUUAGCCAACUAUGGGAUUCAGUGCCUUGUUGAUCAAAAAUCAACUCAAGCCGUUGAACUUAUUCGACAGGCGAUUUCAAUUAUUGCAUCCUUUGAGGGGGAGACAUCUGUGUUGCACCUGCGGGUCAUGCUUGCAAACGCACUGGCGUGUGAGGGAAAAUGUUUUGAGGCGCUGUGCGAGUACGAGCGGGCGCUUGGGGUGAUGCGGGAUUAUCCAGUGGAGUCAUCGUUAACUCAGUUCGUGUCGGGAAAAGAGUCCCGCCUCCCGCUGAGUCGCAGUUACGUUUUAGAAGACUUCGAUCGUUUCCUGGCGAACGAGGAGUUGGUGCAGAGCGCACUGAGCCAGGGGAAGCGCGCGGCAGAUUCCUCUUUGGAGAAGGCGGAGAAGGUGCGCAUCACGUGCACGUUGGCCCGUCUUCAGCGUCAGAUCGGGGAAAAAGACGCGAGCCUGCGGCUGUACACGGCCUCCUUACACGCGCUGCUUGACACACCCGACGCCGAAAUGGAGAUGCGGGUGAUGCACGAUAUAGGUCUCUUGCUGUGCUUUGAGGUGUUUGAUGUCGCACAGGGGUUGCCCUAUCUUCAAGCAGCGGCAGAGAUGUCCUUUGACACCGCGCUGGAGAGGCUAGAGGAGAUGAAGCAGCAACCCUCGGCAAAGGCUCGGAGGGAAUUCCCCAAAGAGGCGAUGCUUCCCGUUCGCCGUGCCGCCUUCACCUUGCUUGACGCAGCAGUGUGUCUUGCCGAGAAUGAGGAAUUCGGAAAGGCCUUGGGAUUAUUCGAAGAGAGUAUCGCCUUGAUGGAUGACUGUGGGAUGCAGAAACACUCUGCCUGGGCGCGUAUGAAGUACGCGGAUGCCCUCGCCCAUGCCUCACUCAUCGACAAGGCUAUCCGCGUGUACCUUGAGACCAUGGACUCCAUCCCAUCCCAGCAGCGCGACGAGGAAAACCUGCAAGUGGCAUGUAUGGGUAUGAUGGUCCCGCUCACAGUGGCGGAGGUUGAGGGGCGUCUUGCGUAUUGCUUUCAGAUGCAUGUGGGGGAGCAUCGACGCGCCUGCAUCCACUUUUGCCGGGCAAUCCGACGUUGUGGGGUGCACGUGGGCUCACCUUUUAGGGCGGUUGCGGAAACGAAUCCAGCCUCGUCAGAGGAGGUGGACUCGGAGACGCUUUGCUGGAUGCUGGAAAACUACGCCAGCUGCUGUGAGCGUGUGGGUCGUAGGGACAUUGCCGAGGAGGUGUUAGAGCGUCGGGUGGGUGUCGAAAGAGCCCUGGGAGGCUCUUGUGCCUCGGCGUUGCUGCUUCUGGCGCGGCUGCAUGGGGCGGCCAACGCGGCCAAGGCUGUACAGCUGUACAUUCAGCUUCUCACCCUACCGGAGGAGGGGAUUGAGCCCGACGUCCUGCUGCAGGCCGCAUAUGGAUUUGCCAGCAUUUGCUACGGCUCCAAGGACGAGGAGCUGGAGGCGGCCCUGUCCAACGUGUCGGCAGCAGCGGCAGCAGCGGAGAAGGACGAGGCAGUACGCCCUGUCACCUGCGCAGCCCCCCCAAACAGCAACGGCGUCGUCAUUGCGUCCUUUAAAAGGUCCGCAAGAGUUAUUAUGGCGAGUCACGCGGUGGACCGGGCGAAGUCCUGUGGCAGCGGUGAGGAUGAGUUGAAGGCCCUCAUGACACUUAGCCGCGGCGGCUUUUUUUGCCAACGACGCGGCGACGAGGCAGGGGCGGAGGAGCUCUACCGUCUUGCCGUGGAGUACACCCUGCUUGCCGACGUCAAGAGUGACGAGUACGCCCGUGAACUUGCCGUUAUGUUGGCCAACUACGCCACAGUAAUUGCCCACAAAAACAUUGAGGAGGCCCAGGGGCUCUACAAUCGAGCUGUGGCAACAUGUCCGACGGAGGAGAACGUCUCGGCCGCCGCCGCCGCCUUCUUUGUCUUGACGGCCAACUACGCCGGCGGCCGGGCAUGCAUUCAGCGUAUGAUUGACGCCGUCACUGACCCUGCGGUUAUUCCGCGGCUGUACGGCAAGCUGGCCUGGCUUGGCGUGGUCUGCUGGGAUGAUCUGGCGCCAGCCGUGCGCGAAGAGUGCCUCCAACACCUGCUGAUCGCGCUGGGUCAAGAGCCGAAAAAUUUUGCUUUAUUUCUCACGCCCCGCCAGGCGACACAAUUACACGGUUCUGUGAGUGCGGAAUUUAAGCGAGAUCUGCUUGCGGGUAUAUCCUUCUCACCUGACCAAGACACAGUGAGCCUUGCCUGCUACGUGUCCCAGACCAAAUUGCCUCACGAUGGAAGAUUUAUUAACACCUGCUACAAGACAGCCUUGGCUCGCUUUUUCUCAGAGCACAACUAUGCUUGUGAAUUACGCCAAGUUCUGUGCAGACUAUGCUGCGAUACCGCUUGCCCGCAAGUAUUACGCCGCCGCGUUUCGUUACUCGCACAAGGACUCGCGCAGCACAGAUUGUUACGCGGACUAUCUUGCGUGUUUGCAUGGAGGGGAACAGCGGCAGACGCAGGAAGCGCAGCAAGGGCAAUUGGUGGCCGGCGAAUGUCUUGCCCGGUACCAGGUAGAGCGUAUUACGCGUGA